GCUCUUGACCUCCGAGAACGCAAGUUUGAAUUCAAGCAUUCUUUAUAAUUAAAAACAUUAUUUAACAAUUCCCCCGUUAAUGAUUUGUUUAGUAAGUUUACGCUUUGCGGCGAUAUACGAUAUACGCUCGGUAUGUAUGUUGACCAACGCGUAUUGUAAUAAAAGUCACAAGUAACCAGCGGCGAUAAGGAGAAUCGUAGCCUACUACACCUUGAUGUGCAUUCAAUGAAAACAAAUCAAAUAGUCAUUAUUCGUUCCCUUGAAGUGAAAUGCGCGUUAUAAAGUAUCCUUUAUCGAGUUUCUUUCGUCGUGAGGAGUGCAACGUGUAGACUUUUGCUUUAUUAUGUUGAAAUAGUAUCCCGGGACAAGAUGCAUGCAUUUAUUUCAUUAUGUAGUGUUUGAAUUUGAACAUUUUUUUCGUAAUAGGAUAAUUACUUAUUUGCGAAACCACAUGUACAAAGCUUCUUCCACUUAUGGAUGUUCAGCUUUCUUGAGUAUCUGUCUCUUGCCUGGCCCGCAGCCAUUAGUUGACACGAACUUCUUGAUCUUCUCGUGGUUUCUUUUAAUAGUCUUACCCUAA